AUCUGUGGUUUUGACAGUUUUGACUUUUGACACUAGAACUUCCUUUUCCUUGUGGCAUGGUGACGGCGUAAGGUUGCCAAGAUGCAGAUUUUCGUGAAGACCCUAACGGGGAAAACCAUCACCCUCGAGGUUGAACCCUCGGACACUAUCGAGAAUGUCAAGGCCAAGAUCCAAGACAAAGAGGGGAUCCCCCCAGACCAGCAGAGAUUGAUCUUCGCUGGCAAGCAGUUGGAGGAUGGCAGAACACUCUCCGACUACAACAUCCAGAAGGAAUCCACACUCCACCUGGUGCUGAGGCUCCGUGGUGGUGCCAAGAAACGCAAGAAGAAGAAUUACUCCACACCCAAGAAGAUCAAGCACAAGAAGAAGAAGGUCAAACUAGCUGUACUCAGAUUCUACAAGGUUGACGAGAACGGCAAGAUCCACCGUCUCCGUCGCGAGUGCACGGGCGAGCAGUGCGGCGCCGGUGUGUUCAUGGCCGUCAUGGACGACAGGCACUACUGCGGCAAGUGUCACAGCACCAUGGUGUUCAAGGACGACGACAAAUGAACCCCCCUAGUCUAAGACAAACUCGGACCGCUGUGUAUGAUGGAUUGAAUAAAUCUUGACACAGUGUCAGAGUU